AUGGUCAAGCCUCUGAGCUUCAAGGGCGACAAGAAAAUCAAGAAGCGCAAGCAUCAUGAGAGCUCGUUGACGGUCACCAAUGAAGAUGAAUCUUCUGUGGCCGAGUCGCAAGAGCAUGAUAGCUGGACUUCACCAGCUGAUGUUUCGGAGCUAACAGGUCCAACAGUCAUAGUCCUCCCAACGAAACCGCCGACGUGCCUGGCUUCGGACCUGAAUGGGAACGUCUAUGCCAGUCAGCUAGAGAACAUGGUAGAGAAUGAUCCCAAAACUGCGGAGCCACACAAUGUACAGCAGGUCUGGGUUGCUGCACGAGUGGCUGGCAUGGGAUCGAACGAAAUCACCUUCAGAGCGAGUCAUGGUGGAUAUUUGAGUUGCGAUCAAUAUGGCAUCUUAGGUGCGAAGAGGGAAGCUCGAGGGCUGGAAGAGAGUUUCGCGAUUGAGACGAUCACAGACGAGAUGGGUAAGACCUGUUAUCAACUACGAACCGCUGCUACGAAGGAGAAACCAAAGCCGGAAGACAUCAAAUACCUCUGCGCAGUGACUGAAGACACAACUACAUGUGGCACCAUGAAGGACAUGGACAAGGCUCAGAAAAAGGUCUCCAUCGCCCUGCGUGGAGAUGGCGAACGCUUUUCCGAAGACACCCAUCUCAACCUACGAAUGCAGUCAAAGUUUAAGCCUCAAACUGCUGAGGCAAAAGAAGUCGCCCGAUCGAAAGAGAAGAUCAGCAGACAACAGCUUGAGAGUGAUGCAGGUCGAAAGCUCAAUGACGAGGAAGCGAAGAGGCUGAAGCGAGCUAGAAGAGACGGAACAUACCAAGAAGCGGUUCUCGAUGUUCGAGCAAAAGGGAAGCAUGACAAGUAUGCUUAA